AUGGCGGAUCAACUCAAGAAUGUCAGCUCCCCGGUCGCUAACGAUCGACUAGUUCUUCAACUGGUCUCUGGCCUUACCGAGCCCUACCAAGGUGUGGCCACUCUUAUUCGCCAACGUGACCCUUUGCCUCAAUUUUAUCAAGCCCGUUCGAUGCUCACUCAUGAGGAGGCUGGCCGUGCUAAGAAAGCGGCCCAAAGCUCCUCCGCUGCCUUAGUUGCUCGCUCGUCCGAGGGUCCUCCUGAUGUUCCUGAUAAUUCCUCUUCCAACCGCAAUACUAAUGGUGGGAAGAAAAACCACAACUGA